GUCUCUUGAUGUGAAUCUUCAGGCUGUGCUUCACGUUUCCCAGAUUGUUGCUCGGCAGAUGAUUGCACAGGGGGUGCCAGGUGCUAUUGUAAACGUCUCUAGCCAGGCAUCUCAGCGUGCUCUGCAGGAUCAUGCUGUUUACUGUUCCACAAAAAGUGCUUUGGAUAUGCUGAGCAAGAUUAGGGUGAACACUGUGAACCCCACAGUGGUUAUGACUGACAUGGGGAGAAUUAACUGGAGUGACCCUCAGAAGUCUGCUGCCAUGAUUAAUCGGAUUCCACUGGGAAAGUUUGCAGAGGUGGAUGAUGUGGUGAACAGCAUUCUCUUCCUGCUGAUGACAACCGGCAGCUCGCUGAUGGUUGAUGGGGGAUUUCUUGUCUCCUAAGAUGACACCUGCAUUUCACACCUAGCUUUAAUUCUCAUAUUAGUUAGUACUGCAUAGAUGUAAACCGGAUACAAAACAAUGACACAGACCCAGUCUUGCUGGAGAAGAGGGGCAGCAGAGCUGGAACCUGUAUGAGAAGUGAGGUGGAAAAUUACCUUUAGAAGGCUGCUAUAUAAUAAAGCUCACAUACGC